UUGGAUUCUUGUUGGAGAGAAUAUUGAGUUCAAAUCAUCUUCUCGAAAGAAUUAGCAAAAAGAUUCAAUAUUGAAUAACAGUUGGAAGUCAACAAGAUCCUUGCUGUUCAUUAUUUUGUUGGUUCAUCACGGAAGAAUUAAUUCUCUAGACAAAGCUUUAAAAAAAGGAGGAACCAUCAUCAUUGAUCCCGACCAUCUUUUCAUCUAGAACAAUUAAUUAUAUAUAAUUAUUAUAUAUUUAAUAAGAAUUAGACUAUAUUGCGAUUUUAUUUAACUACUACUAGUACUGAUAGUACCGAUUUAUAUAUUGGAUAAUUGAAUUUCAAAUUAUUUUCUCAGUGUAAAUACAAAAAGUUUCAUCAUCUAUUAUAUAUAAUACAAAUACAAAUACAAUGAAUCUAUCAUCAUCAGGGAAUCCUCACAAUGAAGAUAUCGCCUCUCAUCCAAUACAACAACAACAACAACAGAAAACACCUACAUCAGCCCAUACUGCUUCCUUCUCCUCCCACGUUUCUUCUCAUAGCCAUCAUUCUAAUGAAGGCAUUGGCAUUCUGACCGAAUACAAUCCAAUGACCUCCUCGUUUCACUUGGAACCAAUAGACAUUAAACAUCCAGAGAGAACCAUUGCAAAACCCAUGUUAGAUGUAAUGGGAGAGGAAUUGGCAAGAUUAGAUACACCAUCAACUCCUCACAAUGAUGAUAACAACACAAUUGAUAGUCAACAUCAUGAGAAAGUUCCACAAAAUCUUCAUCAUGAUGGAUUACAAAGACAACCACUCUACAAAACAAUUGGAUAUUCUAUAUAUUAUAUAGGAAGUGGUUCAACAAGUUCGUUUGUACUUGGAUUGUUAUUGCCAAAACUUGUCGUUCAAAUGUUGGGAUCAGAAAAUAAGGAACUCUACUUGAGUAUUGUUGUUUCUAUUGCAACAGUUAUCGGAGUGAUUGUUAGUCCCAUAGUUGGUAAUAUUUCUGAUAGGAUUGGUAGGAAAUCACGUAUUCCAAUUGUUGUGGUUACUACUCUGGUGUGGGCAUUGAUGAUUAUUCUGCAAUCUAUUUGUUCAAUGAUGCAUACACAGUUUCCACAGUAUUAUGUUUUCAUAUUUGUCAUGUAUGGAGCUGUGCUGUGUAUCGGAAAAUGUGGAUAUGUCACUUCACAAGCUAUUGUGACUGCAAUGGUAACAGAUUUGUUCCCACAAGAACAAAUCAAUUUGGUUUCAGCACUUGUUGGUGUUUUUACUUUGAUUGGAGUCAUGUUGGGAGUUGUUUUGGGAGGUGUGAUAAUUGGUCAUGUUGAUUUGAUUUGGGUAUGUUUGGGAUAUGCAGCUCUGUGUUCAAUUGUUUGUGUACCUCUCAUGCUCUUCCAUAGAGAGCUUAGAAAGACAAAGGUCAAACAAAUUGAAAAGGAAGCUGCCAAGAAACCAGGAGAAUUUGAAGACGUUCCACUCACUACAGAACCUGCACAAGAAGCACCAAAACCACGAUUCUACAAGAGAGCCCUCAAUUAUGCUCUUGCAUUUUUGGUUCCAUUCAAGAAUAGGAAUUUUACUUGGGUUUUUAUUACUCGUUUCACUAUUCAAUUGACAAAUGCUGCUGCCAGAAAUUACUUUUUCUAUUUUAUUCAAGAAGUUUUGACUCCAUAUAAUUUCAUCUUGACCAACAAAUUCCCAACCAAUAAUGAGGAAGCUUUGAGUUUAUUCCUUGGAAUUGUUUUCGCUUUUACAUUUGUUAGUGCAUUAUUUGCACAAAAAAUAGCCGGGCUUAUUGGAAGAAGAUAUGUGUACAGUGCUGGUGCCUUGGGCUGUGGUAUUGCCAGUAUUAUUUUAAUCAUUUUCAGAUCUUACAGUGUAAUGAUUCUGUGUUGCUCCAUUCUCUAUGGUUUGGGUAUUGGAUCAUUUAUUAGUGUGGACUUGUCACUUGUAAAUUCAGUUCUGAUUACCAAAGAUGAUUCUGGAAAGGAUUUGGCCUUGUGGAAUAUUUCUGGUACAGUUCCUGAAUUAUUGGGUGUACCUUUGGGAGGAUUGAUCAUUUUAAUUGGUGAUGCUAUUGCACCAGAUGUUGUUGGAAUGGGCUACCUGUUAUUGUACGCUCUUGGUGCAUCACUCCAAGUACUAUCUUCAUUCAUGAUUUUCUGUGUUAGAUUGUCUCGUGCUCAGGAUACAGGAAAUGGUCAACCAGUUCCAAUUCAUGAUCAAAUUGAACCAGCUCAUGAACUUCACUUUGAUGCAGCAGCCGAACCAACAACCAUUCAUCACAAUGAAACACCAAUCCUUGAAGAGGAACAUAGGAAUGAAAUUGAAUUGAAGGAAUAAAAAACAAACUCUUUUUAUUUCUC